UCGUACAGCUCGUUCCUCUCGCUCAAAUAAAGUGUCAGUCAAUCCAUCCGCAGAAACGCUGCUCGCACCACAAUCCCAACCCCCAAUCAGCCCCGCGCGACCAGCUCGCUCUCGCAAACGCGGACGCAUGCGAGGCCACACCACACCAAGCCCCAAGUAGCCCCCCACCCGGCGAUGUCGGCGCACCUCCCGCCGACCCACGGGUCUAUCCCAUCGCUCGCCGCUGGGGACGCCAAGAAGCCACCACACCUCGGCGGCGACCACCAGCGCCAUCCCAAGAAGGCCGGACCCUCCGCCGCAAAGCUCGCGCUCGUGUCCUUCCUCGGCGUCAUCGUCCUCCUCGCCGUCGAUGUAUCCCUCGCCGGCACCGGCGCGCACCGCCGGCUGCGGCGCCAGUACUUGCAUUACGUCGGCGGCGGCCGCGCCAGCAGGGACGCCUCGUUUUCUUGGCUCUCCGUGCCGGGCCAUCCCAACUUCACCGACGACCUCCUGGCUCGGUGGCUCGCGCCCGGGGGCUCGCCGUGCCGGGACGCGCGCACCGCUAACAUCUCUAUCGCGGUUCUUGACGACGCCGUGGCGAGGGGAGGGGUGACCAUGCUCGGCACCGCCGAGAUCCACGGGUUCACGUUCUGGGCGCUGGAUGACGCGGGCCAGCGGCGCUGCCUCGGUGGGGACUACUUCGAGAUUGACCUAUCCGGGGACGCGUGGAAGUCGAGGCCCCCCGUCGUGGACCAUGGGGAUGGCUCCUACUCCUUCCGUCUCCAGGUCGCGCCCCGCUUCGCCGCGGGGGACUUCCACCUCACCGUCGUCCUCCUCUUCCGUAGCUUCGAGGGCCUCAAGUUCUCCUCCGCGAGGUUCAAGUACCGCACCGAGCUGCGCCGCAUUCCCCUUCUGUUCCGGCUCGGCAACGCGUCGCUCCCGGUGCUGGAGACGUGCCGCGCCGCAGACUUCGCGCGCGACGCCUGGACCGGCCGGUGGACGCGGCUUGCCAAGAACGAGAACUGCGAGGACGUCGACGCCGCCGGGCGGUACCGGUGCCUGGAGCCCGAGCACCCGUGCGAGGCGCCGUGGUGCGACGGGCCGCUGGGAGCGCUGGAGAGCAACGGGUGGGUGUACUCGGCGCACUGCUCGUUCAAACUCUUCGCGGCGGACGCGGCGUGGCGGUGCUUGAACGGCAAGUGGCUCUUCUUCUGGGGCGACUCCAACCACGUCGACACCAUCCGGAAUCUCCUGACCUUUGUUCUCGGCGUCACGGACACGUCCGCUGUGACGCGCCGGUUUGACGCCGUGUUCACGAACCCCAGCGGCGGGCCGGGGACACUGAGGAUCACAAGCAUCUUCAACGGCCACUGGAACAUGAGCAUGAACUACCUCGGCCUGCAUUCCCUCCGGAACAGGGAGUUCCGGCAGCUCAUCCGGUCCUACUUCAUGUCCGUUGACCGCGUCCCGGACGUUGUGGUCCUGAACUCCGGCCUGCACGACGGAUGCUACUGGACCAGCGUCCGCGCCUACGCGCAGGGUGCGGAGUUUGCUGCACAAUUCUGGUCCGGAGUCAUGGCCAAAGUGCGGGCUCAUGGCCACGCAGUGCCGAGAGUGUUCUACCGCACUACGAUCGCAACUGGGGGUUACGCUAGGGACUUGGCAUUCAAUCCAAGUAAGAUGGAGGCGUUCAAUGGCGUGCUCGUUGAGAAGAUGAGGCAGCAUGGGGUGCUCACUGGUGGGGUGAUUGACAAUUUCGACAUGACAUUCCCAUGGCACUACGACAACCGCUGCAAUGACGGUGUGCACUACGGGCGUGCACCGGUGAAGCUGGUGUGGCGGGACGGCAAGAUUGGGCACCAGUACUUCGUGGACCUAAUGCUGGGGCAUGUGCUUCUCAAUGCCAUCUGCAAUGGAUGAGAAUUGCUGGUUCCAUGUUCUGUAAGUUUUUGGUGCUCAAUUGUGUAAACAAGAGUAGGAUGGUCAGGGAGCUGAAUACAGGGAGAUGAGAGAUAUUACCACGUUGUAGUGCAGUUCAUGUGUAAAUCCGAUGGGGGAAGAGUGGAGGGUUUAGCUGAAGCAUUCUGUAUGGUUAACAUCUAAUCUUUCAGCUAUGUUACUGGCCUGAUCUUGCUCUGGUAGGCAAGGAAGAUCGAGUUCGAUCAGAGCUACCUAUGAGUGAAAAUCAGGCACAUGUAAAUAUAUAGCAAGACUGUCUGAGGGGGCAUAAUCCUGUACAGAUUCGGUAGGUCUUAUGUUAUAUGUACGGUACUAGGCUACUAUCUUACUUGGUCAAUGUUUGGUUGUUCGUUGUUCUUCGUGAUUGUGUGGCAUGCAACUUGCAGAGUUUGCAAGUACAGAAAUGUUAACUGUUUAGAAUUGCUUUGCAGAUGCUUGUAUUCGUGCUCCAACUUGAUGUGGUUUUGGUAUAGCAAAAGCAUGUG